CUUGUGGUGUACUCGCGUCAAAGGGUACACGCAUCAGCGAAGUCCGUCAGUCUGCGGACGGGAUGUCUGCCGGAAUAACGGCAGCGAUCCAGGCAUCGCGCUGAUCCUUGUAAUAGCACUUGCUUGUCAAUAAACAUCGAAACGGUGAGCGAAGGGACAAACUUUUCUUUAGCUAAGAAAAAGCAAAAGCGCGACAUCGCUCUUGAGGCACAGUGAUACACCUGCAACGAUAAAGCGCAUGUAAAUGAGAGAGAAGUCGGCUGUUUAUCGUGCGACGAAGAACAAGCAAUGGAGAAACGAUAUGGACAUGCAUAAUGUGGAUGACAAAUAAAAUUAUACUUUUUAAUUAUGAGAAAAACAAAUGUGGUCCAUGAAAAAUUAAACUGAAGUGACGUAAACCGUGUAUCAAGAAUCGAGAAACAAGGGAGACGAUUGACACGAAUUGUUAAAACGGCAAUUUAAUUAAAGUGCCAUAAAAUACUGCGCUGCUACAGUAAUUGCUGGAUGAGUUUUGGGAAAAUAUACGAGUAACAGCUGCGAUGCAGCGGCACGAGAUGAUUCAAUGAGCUCUUUUCCAUUGGAGAGGCCAAAGUUCGCGUUGUCGUGGCUACUAAGCAGAGAUCAGUAUUCCGAGAAGGUCACAAAAAUUUAUCGGCGUGACUAACGGUGUGUUUUUUAAUGGUAGAGCGAGCAAUAAGAAAAGAUAUGGAAAUGAAUUGAUGCAGCACGCGUGAUAAGAAGAUUGAACGUAUACUUUGAGGGGUGCACGUUCUCGUUGACUCUCCUUCUUCGCGGCCCCCGAUGCAUCCUCUUUGCGUCGUCGCGAGAAAAUUGAGAGAGUGGAGCAGAGAGAAACUAAUGAGUAAAGGGAGAAGUAACGAGAAGGAAUCGCGAUUAAAUGAAUGCGAAUAAAUCAGGCGGCGCAUAAACCACGUUGAUUUCUGACUGCUCAAAGAAUGCAAAGAAAGAAGAAAGUCCAUUUUCUGCACAUUUACUAAAAGAUGGAGAAUUUCACGGCCAACAUCACGAUCUUCGGAAUUGCUUCGGGAAACGAAGAAUUCAAGUAUCCGCGAUUUGUGACUAUCGUCGCUGCUAUUUGUGCCAUAAUAUUCAGCAUUAUUGGAGUAUUAGGCAAUUUAGUGACGGUGAUUGCGUUAUUAAAAUAUACAAAAUUAAGGCGACAUGCCACUACAGCAUUCGUGAUAAGCCUCAGCGUCUCCGAUUUAAUCUUUUCGGCUGUUAAUUUGCCACUAACUGCCAGUAGAUACUUACACGAAGCAUGGGUUUUAGGCGGGACUCUGUGUAAAAUAUUUCCUUUGUUCUUUUAUGGGAAUGUCGCUGUAUCCUUACUUAGCAUGGUAGCCAUUACUAUUAACAGAUACAUACUGAUCUCACGACCGGACAUCUACAACCAGUUGUACACCAAUCGCGGUAUAACGCUGAUGUUAAUAGCCAUAUGGAGCCUAAGCUUCGCGAUGUUGCUUCCACCUUUGGUCGGAAUUUGGGGAACUCUAGGAUUAGAUCCAGCCACCUUCUCAUGCACCAUAUUGAAGAAAAACGGUUCUAGCCCCAAGAAGUUCCUGUUUGUUCUGGGUUUCCUUGUACCGUGCAUGGUGAUCAGUGUCUCGUAUCUGUGCAUAUAUUGGCGUGUCCGGACAAGUCGGAAGAAUCUUGAAGCUCAUGCUGCAGAAGGCAGAGGCGGCGGUUUUCGGCGAAUGGAGGAUAGUAGGAUGACCAGACUGAUGCUCACUAUCUUUCUUUACUUCCUCAUGUGUUUUCUGCCACUGAUGCUGGUGAAUGUGAUCGAUGAUCGGAUGAAGAUCCCAAUACUUCACGUAGUGGCAUCCGUGCUCGCUUGGGCAUCCGCCGUGAUAAACCCUUUCAUCUAUGCCGCAACCAACAACCUCUACAGGAAGGCUUACAAACAGAUCCUGUGUCUUGCUUCGAACAGGAGUCCCACGGCCGGUCCUAAGCCGGGACAUUUUCACUCGAGUAAGGUUUCAUCGCCACAUACGACGUAAAACUUACCAUGUGUUCUCAAAGACAAUUUUUUUAAGCAAAAUCAGUGACGAAGAAAAACUGAUAAUAGCAUAUUAUUUCUUAUGUAAGAGAUUGAGCAUUUAAAAAGUAGACGUAUAAAAAAAGACAACUUUUAUAAGCAUAUAAGUAUAUAAGAUUACGAAUCUGAAAAUGUAACAGAUCGUAGUUUCGCAAAAUAAAUCUUUACCAGAA